GUCAUUUUACGGCGACCAACUGUCAGAUGUCCGGAUGUUAUUACAGGAGAGGAACCGCGAUAACCCAUAUCCCACUUGGAUCUAGCUUCAACCUAUAUACUAUAGUGAGUCACUGUGGAAACAGGUUUUUGUAGGUUUGAAGACCAUGUCGGGCAGUUUCUAUUUUGUCAUUGUGGGACAUCAUGACAAUCCAGUAUUUGAGAUGGAAUUUCUACCUCCAGGAAAAACUGAAUCUAAGGAUGAUCAUCGUCACCUGAACCAGUUCAUCGCACACGCUGCACUGGACCUGGUGGAUGAGAACAUGUGGCUGUCAAACAACAUGUACCUCAAGACGGUUGACAAAUUUAAUGAAUGGUUUGUUUCUGCUUUUGUAACUGCUGGACAUAUGAGAUUUAUUAUGCUGCAUGACGUACGGCAAGAAGAUGGAAUCAAAAAUUUCUUCAACGAAGCAUAUGAUUUAUACAUGAAGUUUGCUAUGAAUCCAUUUUAUGAAGCAAAUUCUCCCAUACGUUCAACUGCGUUUGAUCGGAAAAUACAGUUCCUUGGCAAGAAACAUCUACUGAGCUAAAUAAGGAUGGAAAUCCUAAGACAUUGCGCUAACUUUACAGGUGUGGGAUCUGCCUAUGAGAUGCGCCACUCUGUAAGAACUUUGGGAGUCAUAAAUCUACUAUUCUAAAUGCCUGCUAUACAACUUUAGAUGGAAUGUCUCGUCAGUGAGUGACUAUUCCAAAUAGUACACUUUGAAGAUCAGCAAAUUCUCAGGCGGACAGGAGAAAUGUUUUUUUGUUUGUUUUGGUUUUUUUCUAUUAUAAAUGUACAACUAUUAAAUUUAUUAUUAGGUGCACUUGAUUAUUCAUAGAGUUGUAAAUGUUGCUUUAAAGUGUCCAGAAGGUAGUGACAAUGAUUCUACGUGGUCGGCUCGCAGUGUAAGUAAGUAAGUGCACGCAUAUAUGGUACUUACCGUAGCCCCAAACUCAAUGAUUUGUGUUUGCAGCCCCACAGAACUGCAUAUAAAAAUCUGCGGAUCAUGGGUAAGAUGAGGGGACAUUGCUGGCUUUUCCACUCUGUUCCAACGGCACUCCACCCCACUCGCCAGUAAUUGAAUUGACCUUUAAAUGUGUAUAUAAUAGCUAUCACAAGCAGAAACCUUGCCAUGACUCUGUGGCUUUGGUGUAGCUAGCUACACAUCUGUUACCCAUCUAUUACUUCAUGUUUUUUUGUUUUAUUUUUUAUUGUAGUCUCUUGUAUCUUGUAAAGUGUGUUUAACCUUAUUAAUUUGAUUAAUAAAUGAAUGUUUACAUAUUGUA